AUGAGUUACUGGUGGCCCUUUAGGAGCAGAUAUUUGCCGCUGACGUUCGGAAAACGUGCGAUUUUGUUGGUUGCUUUCCUCAGCUGCUUAAUCAUUAUUUGGUACUUUGGGUGCAAUAGCCAUCCUAUAUGCAAGCGUGAUAAGCUGCCGCGCAAUGAUGGCAGCGCGCCAUGCAUUGUGCUUUGGUGGACCAAUAUUGGUGCUGAGAAAAUGACUUUCGAUGAUAUUCUAUGUGGCUACAACACAUGCGCUGUCACCAGCAAUCGCAAAUAUUUGCCACAGGCGAAGGCCAUACUUUUUUAUGCGAGCUCACUCAAUUGGCACGAUUUACCAUUGCCACGUCAGCCCGAACAAAUUUGGGCUUUGCUGCAUGAGGAAUCACCACGCAAUGUGUUGGAAUUUUUGUUUGAGGAAACGUUACAACAUUUCAAUUACACAUCGACUUUUAGUCGCUAUAGUGAUUUUCCGUUAACCAUAAAUGCACUACCCAAUAUAACCGAAAUAACCAAUCCGAAAUAUGUGGUGACAAUUGGUCGCAAAAAUGUUGCACGUAAUAAUCUUGCGCCUAUUCUAUUUCUACAAUCGGAUUGUUCCACAAUGUCAGGGCGAACAAAUUAUGUAGAAGAGCUAAUGCAGUAUAUUCCAAUCGACUCGUAUGGCAGUUGUUUAAAUAAUCGACAAAUGCCGGAGAGUUUACAAACCGAUUUCCUAAACAAACUAUAUACCGAGGAGAUGUAUCGCUUUAUCGGACAGUAUAAAUUUAUGAUCAGUAUUGAAAAUGGUGUCUGUGAAGACUACAUAACCGAAAAGUAUUGGCGUCCGCUGAUUGCUGGCACUGUGCCCAUUUAUUUUGGCUCACCAUCGAUACGAGACUGGGAGCCCUAUAAUCACUCAACAAUUUACAUAACCGACUACCAGAGUCCCAAAGAACUGGCCAAAUAUAUACUGGAAUUGGAUAAAAAUGACAGUGAAUAUGUCAAAUACCUACAACAUAAGUACAAUCAAAUCAUGCCCAUCACUAAUCAACGUUUAAUUGAAGAAUUCUACGUGCGCACCGAAGAAACGAUGUUUUUCACAAAAUUCGCUUGUCAAGUGUUGCAAGCAUUGUGGGCGCAAAAUGCAAAAACGAAAAUGGCCAAUCGCUUGCACUAUAAUUGCCCGUUGCCACUACCAUAUCCAGCGAUGGAAAGACCGCCCACUGAAAUACACUCCUGGAGCAGUCUUUUAAAGCGCGCGAAUUGCAUGGCGAAGAGCAUAGAUGAGUUGUUGCACAUAAAUCGGGUAUUUACCGAAGGAGAAUUACAUGAUUUGACGAAUGCGAAAAUAGAAAAUGAAUUGUGCUAGUGAUGAGUGGUUGAAAUUUGUGAAUUCAUGAGAGUAUAAUGAGGGAAAUUUGAUUGCGUGCGCGCAGAAAUGGAGCCAAAGAUAAAAUUUAUGUAAAUAAAAAUUAGCUUGGAAGCACAUAAGCGUAUAUAUAUAUAUAUAUGCAAAAUUAU